GCCAUGUCCCUCUACAGUAUAUUUCGAGCCUUGGAGUUGUCGAAGGCCAAGAGACACAUGUGCACCUUACAGUUGACGAACGAUCGUCGAUCAUGCAGAGGGCGCUCGAAGAUCCAUCUACGGAGCGUGUGCCUGGUGGUUCAGCGCUCAACACUGCCCGGGUCGUCCAGGCUUUCAUGCCCUCGAAAACGACCCUUUUUAUCGGGGCUCUUGGCGACGAUUCCAACGGAGACUUUCUCCGCUCUUGUUGCACUACCGCCGGUGUCGAUAUGACCCACGUCCAAACACACGCUGGUCUACCCACAUCUACGUGCCUCGCGCUCAUAUCGCCGAGCAAGGAGCGCACGCUCAUCACGCAGCGCUCGGCGCAUUUGUGCUACACACUCGACGCGGCGACUCUCGAUGCAUGCUUGGCUGCAACGAACGUACUGUACGUGGUUGCCUUCACGCUAUCUUCGGCACCACGCUACGAAUGCGUGCGUUAUCUUCUUCAGCAUCACGAUCCAAGUCGCCAUCUCCUUUGCCUCAACAUUUCGUCCUCGGGUCUCAUGCAGAACCCCGAUGUCGUCGGCCGACUCCACGACAUUUUACGCCACGUUCGAGUGCUUUUUGGAAAUGCUCAAGAAGUGCUUGCUCUUGGUGCCGCGUUUCAAUUGGACACCCCGUCCGUCGACCAUGUGGCCUCCGAGCUGCUCGUCAACGUUCUUCGCACGCCGCGCGCGAUCGUGCUUGUCACCAACUCCGCAGCCCCGACAAGAGUAUAUCGACGUGAUCACCCACCUGUGGUAGUCCCCGUGCAGAUUCCGAGCGGUUUUCACCUGCACGACACGACAGGCGCUGGUGAUGCUUUCUUGGGUGGAUUUUUCGCUGGCCUGUUGCAACAUGGAAGCCUCCGUGCCUGCGUGGAGCUCGGUCACUACUGCGCCGCGCAGUGUGUGCAGCAAACAGGCUGUCAAUUGCAUUGGAGUGGCGACGAUGCCGCUAGCACGUGGCGCAAAUGCACAAAAUCCGACGCCUCACCUGCGCUCUACAAAGAUAUGCUCGCAGUGCCUCGUGAGCCCACUGCUCAGUCGUAA